CCAGUGUGGAUUUCAAAGAAUGGAGAUCGUUUUCAGCUAUAAAAUGUCUCAAGAAAUUUACGUUCCAUAGAACGUUUCUCAAGAAUCUACUAGAGGAUAUGCUCAUUAAAACAAGGAAGUAGACAAAGAAAGUGGAUGGCAUGUGGUCCAGAAAUAGGAGAUUCAGCCUAGAUGGAGAAUAAAGGGGUCCCCAGAGUGAUGAGGGAAUGGGAAUCAGAGGUGAAGGAGUGUGUCGGGAGACUGGUGUUUCAUGAGAAGCCUUGAGAUUCCUCCGGCCUCAGAUGACCAGGUACCACUAGAUACAGAAUACUGUGCUUUCCUUCUCCAAGUCACUUCCUGCCUUGUGACCACACACCCGGGCUUGACAAAGCUGUUCUGCAGAUCAGAAAGAAGGGGUUCCUGGUCAUACACCAGUACUACCAAGGACGGCUUUUUUCCUGCAAGAUCUGUUACCUAAAGCAAUAAAAAAUGGCCAGAGGAUCAGUGUCCGAUGAGGAAAUGAUGGAGCUCAGAGAAGCUUUUGCCAAAGUUGAUACUGAUGGCAAUGGAUACAUCAGCUUCAAUGAGUUGAAUGACUUGUUCAAGGCUGCUUGCUUGCCUUUGCCUGGGUAUAGAGUAAGAGAAAUUACAGAAAACCUGAUGGCUACAGGUGAUCUGGACCAAGAUGGAAGGAUCAGCUUUGAUGAGUUUAUCAAGAUUUUCCAUGGCCUAAAAAGCACAGAUGUUGCCAAGACCUUUAGAAAAGCAAUCAAUAAGAAGGAAGGGAUUUGUGCGAUCGGUGGUACUUCAGAGCAGUCUAGCGUUGGCACCCAACACUCCUAUUCAGAGGAAGAAAAGUAUGCCUUUGUCAACUGGAUAAACAAAGCCCUGGAAAAUGAUCCUGAUUGUCGGCAUGUCAUCCCAAUGAACCCAAACACGAAUGAUCUCUUUAAUGCUGUUGGAGAUGGCAUUGUCCUUUGUAAAAUGAUCAACCUAUCAGUGCCAGACACAAUUGAUGAAAGAACAAUCAACAAAAAGAAGCUAACCCCUUUCACCAUUCAGGAAAAUCUGAACUUGGCUCUGAACUCUGCCUCAGCCAUCGGGUGCCAUGUGGUCAACAUAGGGGCUGAGGACCUGAAGGAGGGGAAGCCUUAUCUGGUCCUGGGACUUCUGUGGCAAGUCAUCAAGAUUGGGUUGUUUGCUGACAUUGAACUCAGCAGAAAUGAAGCUCUGAUUGCUCUUUUGAGAGAAGGUGAGAGCCUGGAGGAUUUGAUGAAACUCUCCCCUGAAGAGCUCUUGCUGAGGUGGGCUAAUUACCACCUGGAAAAUGCAGGCUGCAACAAAAUUGGCAACUUCAGUACUGACAUCAAGGACUCAAAAGCUUAUUACCACCUGCUUGAGCAGGUGGCUCCAAAAGGAGAUGAAGAAGGUGUUCCUGCUGUUGUUAUUGACAUGUCAGGACUGCGGGAGAAGGAUGACAUCCAGAGGGCAGAAUGCAUGUUGCAGCAGGCGGAGAGGCUGGGCUGCCGGCAGUUUGUCACAGCCACAGAUGUUGUCCGAGGGAACCCCAAGUUGAACUUGGCUUUUAUUGCCAACCUCUUUAACAGAUACCCUGCCCUGCACAAACCAGAGAACCAGGACAUUGACUGGGGGGCUCUUGAAGGUGAGACGAGAGAAGAGCGGACAUUUAGGAACUGGAUGAACUCCCUGGGCGUUAACCCUCGAGUCAAUCAUUUGUACAGUGACUUAUCAGAUGCCCUGGUCAUCUUCCAGCUCUAUGAAAAGAUCAAAGUUCCUGUUGACUGGAACAGAGUAAACAAACCGCCAUACCCCAAACUGGGAGGCAAUAUGAAGAAGCUUGAGAAUUGUAACUACGCGGUAGAAUUGGGGAAGAAUCAAGCGAAGUUCUCCCUGGUUGGCAUCGGUGGACAAGAUCUCAAUGAAGGAAACCGCACUCUCACACUGGCCUUGAUUUGGCAGCUAAUGAGAAGGUAUACACUGAAUAUCCUCGAAGAAAUUGGUGGUGGCCAGAAGGUCAAUGAUGACAUUAUUGUCAACUGGGUGAAUGAAACAUUGAGGGAAGCAGAGAAAAGUUCAUCCAUCUCUAGUUUCAAGGACCCGAAGAUUAGUACAAGUCUGCCUGUUCUGGACCUCAUCGAUGCCAUCCAACCAGGUUCCAUUAACUAUGACCUUCUGAAGACAGAAAAUCUGAAUGAUGAUGAGAAACUCAACAAUGCAAAAUAUGCCAUCUCUAUGGCCCGAAAAAUUGGAGCAAGAGUGUAUGCCCUGCCAGAAGACCUGGUUGAAGUGAACCCCAAAAUGGUCAUGACCGUGUUUGCCUGCCUCAUGGGGAAAGGAAUGAAGAGGGUGUGAGGCCCAAUGGGGCUGGGUGGGAGGCGGUGCCCUCACUCCUGACUGCCCGGCACAGAUGCUCCCGGGAUGAUUCAAGCCAUUCCAAAGUUCAACUUGGUGACACUCUAUAAGAUUCCAAAAAGCACAUAUUAGUGCAGCCAAGUAGCCUCUCCUGUAUUUAACAAAAAGUGCUUCAUUCUUUGCAGGAGGCCCAACCUCCUAUAUAUAGGUUUCUAUUCUUGAUUUAUUUGCUUCUUCGAAAAUCUAGAGGAAAAGAAAGAAGUUAUUUUCCAGGUACCCUUCUCGCUUUUGCCGUUAGCCAAGGAUAGAAGCUGCAGUGGUAUUAAUUUUGAUAUAAUCUUUCAAACCAGCUUCAUGUGGCUUCCCUUUUCUUUGUUCAAGAUGAGGGCCAGGAGGGGAAUCAUCACACCUGCCCUAAACCCUGUUCCUGGAGGUCAGCAUUUGAUCUGUUGCAAGCCCCUCUUUCUGUCCCCUCUUCCUACCCUGCCUCCCAUGACUUUGCUCCUCACACUUUUGGAACCAUGCCUUCCGGGGGGCCCAUCUCUUCUGGCCAUCCUUGUCUCUGGGCCACGUGGAGUGUCUGAUAAAUCAGUCAAGCUCUUGAAGUCUCAGGAGUCUCUGGUAGCCUGCAGAAGUAAGCCUCAUCAUCAGAGCCUUUCCUCAAAACUGGAGUCUCAAAUGUCAUCAGGUUUCGAUUUUUUUCAGCCACUAAGAACCUCUCUGCUUUUAACUCUAGAAUUUGUUGGGCUUGGACCAGAUCUAACAUCUUGAAUACUCUGCCCUCUAGAGCCUUCACUCUUAAUGGAAGGUUGGCUCCAAGGAGGGUGUAAUGGAGCAUCAAGCCACUCGGGGGCAGCAUGGAGCUAUAACUAAGCAUCCUUUAGGGUUCUGCCUCUCCAGGCAUUUAGCCCUUACAUUAGAUCUAGUUACUGUGGUAUGGCUAAUACCUGUCAACAUUUGGAGGCAAUCCUACCUUGCUUUUGCUUCUAGAGCUUAGCAUAUCUGAUUGUUGUCAGGCCAUAUUAUCAAUGUUUACUUUUUUGGUACUAUAAAAGCUUUCUGCCACCCCUAAACUCCAGGGGGGACAAUAUGUGCCAAUCAAUAGCACCCCUACUCACAUACACACACACCUAGUCAGCUGUCAAGGGUAGAAUGAAUCUAUGCUGGAUAAGAAAUGGCGGAACUGCGUUAUGAAGAGCUAAUUUACUGGACAAAGAAUUCCAAAGCAAAACCAGAACAGUAUGAAUUUGAGCAGCUCUCAUAGGUUGAGCAAUUUCCCCCUAAACCAACUGAAAGCUAAAAAGCAACAGGCCAUUGUGAACCAACGCUAGACACCCUCUGUCAUGGUGAAAAGCUCCAUCAAUGAGGUAUCUUCUUUAGUGGUGGUAUGUAAUGGAACUUAGCCAUUUUUCAAAGCAAUUGAAAUGCAUUGCUCUGGAUCUGUUCCUUGGCAGUGGACUCAGAAAGCCAACAUGUGGCUCCUCCCAGCCCAUAACCAGUAUUUUUGCUGCUUCUGAAUACACAGUGGUUGGUUUUGACUUCAGAUUGAACUUACUAUAGCCUCAGAUGAUUUCCCCCCUCCGCCUCCAGGAAGAAAGAAUAUUGAUGCCUUAAUAAAAAAUGAAAAGAGAAUGAUGCUCAAAAUAUUUCCAAAUAAAAUGUUCCCUAUA